AUAGUUUCCCUCCGUCAGCUGAUCGGGAGGCGGCCUCCGACCCGGAAGCGGAUGGCGCUCGGGCGGUGAGGGGAGAGGCGGCGCCGACGUUAUGGAGCCCGCGGAGCUUUACUGCCCGCCGGACGGGGCGCAGCAGCCCGGGCCCUCGGGUCACAACAAAAGCUGGAAAAACGAGACAGCCUUUAAGAUGAAUGAGAAGAAGAAGCUGCCGACCACCACCAGAACUCCAUCAAUACACCUCAGAUUACAGAAGCAUCGGGAAUUGGCCAAGAGAGCCCUCAAGAAGAAGGCAAUGGCUGGAGGUCCGGUCUUGCAUCAGCCUAAGUCGGGGACAAAAAGGUUAGUAAAAUUCAAUAAAGGAUAUUCUGCUUUGAAGCAACAUCCAGAUGAAUCUUUAGUUUCCUUGGAGUCUGACAGUGAUGGCGAGUUUGAAUCCAAGUAUUAUUCAUCAUCAGGCUAUUCUUCUGCAGAGCAGCAAGUCAAUCAGGACCUGAACCGUCAGCUCCUGAAAGACGGCUACCACCUGGACGAAAUACCGGACGAUGAAGAUCUUGACCUCAUUCCUCCGAAGCCUGUUACCUCAUCAGCCUGUGCUUGUUGUCAGGCAGAAAGCUCUUGUACUGUCCAGUAGUCACGGCCUAUCCACAUCAUAUCAAAGGCAAAUCUCGUUUUGGACAAUUGAAUUUUUUAAAGCACUGCAUACCUGACACUAUGAAUAUAUAUAUAUAUAUAUAUUUUGAACUGGGAAACCAUAUUUGCAUACCUGAUUUUUAAAAACCUGAUGUGUGGAUUGUAAUUGCUCAUCAUCUUCACCAAGUUUAAUGUGUGCCCCUUUUAAUUUAUAUCAUCUGCAUCUUAUCUGUUUGAGUAGCUGGAGGUAAAGCUGAAACUAAAUUUCUCCAGUGUCGGCUACUGAUUUUUUUUUGCCACUUGCCUAGCUGAAUGGCAUUGAUGCAGCAUUAAACUGCCAUUUCUGCAGCUGGUUGCCUACCCACCACACCACCCCCCGCCCCCCCCACCACCACCACCACCAAACUGAAAGAAAGUGGAAAGAGACUGAAAUUUUGGGUAAGUAAAAUUAAUUCACUUGAUUUCAGAGUGGACAUUCAUAAGAAAUGUCUGUGCAUUAAUGUAAGAUGUUGACCCCAUCAUGCAUGUGACAGCUUUUACCAGACUGGUUUUUUUUUACAAACUAUGUGCACAUUAAUGGACUCCGCUGUUUCCUCCCAUACGUGAAGAUUGAAUUUAGUGGGUGACUCGGGAAUGAAGGAUUGUGAAGACUGACGAUCUGUUAGUCAUCAGUUGAACCUAUGAAGACUGACGAUCUGUUAGUCAUCAGUUGAACCUAUCAGGAAGAAUUCCAUGACAGAAUGUCAGUUUGGCAAGAAAUAAAAAUUAAAUCUGCACUUUCGAACAUUUACCAUCAAUGGGCAGUAGUAGGAAAGUUGAAUUGAACCUGAAUGGCAAAUAGCAAAAAUCUGUGUCUGGCUUUGCACAUGUAACAUUUGGCACCUCUAAAGAUGAAACUUGGAUGAACCAGCACCAGGACAAUGUUUGGUUUGUGCAGGAGGGACUGUGUAUAGCAAUGACCAGAGACAGUUCUGAUGCAAAGUGUAGCAUCCAAAAUGUCUAUGAAAUAUUUAAAUUGUUUUUGGAGUUGCAUUAACUGGGUUCUUUUUAAAUAUCUGCACCGUGGAAGAGCAUAUUCACAGCACCAGUUCCAGAUUUUACCUGCGUUAUCUUGGGGCACAUAAUCACAGUAAAGAGGUUUCUUUUGAGGAAAGAAGACUGUGGGUUUGAAAGAGGAUCAAUGCAGCGUUUAUUGGGGCAGCUUAGCUUUGCCCCACUUGGUCAGGUGACUUACUGCAGUGCCCAAAAAAUGAAAUGGAGAAAGUAACUCGACUGUGCUGCUUUUUAGCAGCAGGCAGCACUGCGAUGGGUUGUACAGAUAUCAUUACUAUGCUUUGCUGUCCAGGUACCACUUUUUUCAGAGGUGUGAUCGCCAUGUUGUCUGGUUUUGGGCAGCAACAUACAAUAUGCCAUUUAAAAAUAGCCGAACAAAGUAAAGUUGGUGAAAGGUGUGGAAAUCACUGUUCUGGUUGCACUUGUGUUCAGGCAAGCAAUUGAAUGGGUUUUUAUGGACGUUUCUAAUGAAACCUCCCACUAAUUCCCAUGGCAAGAGCUGAUCUAUAACAAAUGCGGUGGAGCAGAAUAAGAAGGAUAUUUACCUCAUUGUAUUCUGUUCUGUAACAAAGCAACUGCAUAUUAAAUGGAUUCAGAAUGGAAGUCUCUUUAUAAUGUGUUUAGGUACUACAGAGCCAGGUGCAAUAUGUGAAAUGGUUGAGAGCUCAGAUCAGUUUUUACAAGCCCACUGCAACCAAAGAGAACCUAUUUGAGGUACUCUGAGUGAAUAAAUAGUGGAUACCUGUUUUGCUUAAUUUGAAGGCAGUGAUAGCUGAUGCACUGAUUCUCGUCACCAUAGAAGUUUUAUCCAGAUGUUUACGUGGACUUCUGUAGGAGUUCUUGACCUGAAAUUGGCCUGUUUUUAUCCAGCUCCAGCAGUGUGCACAGUGAUCUCCACAUGAGCAACACCUGACCUGAUAUUGCCUGCCUCUUGAUUAUUAGUCAGUCUGGUGUCCUUUAUCCAGAUCAUUCUCUUUAAACAAUGCCACUGGAUUAAAAUGUCAUGUGCAUAAUCUAACACUUUAAUGAUGCUUCAACCUAUUUCAUGUUAUAGGGGGCCAGGACAAUGUCCAAAGCACCAACUCAGUCCCUUGCACUGAGUAUCAAUUGGUCCCACUGCACAGAAACACUGAAGCAUUCAUUAUAGCACUGGUGGAUUGAAAUUUGUGUGCAUAGCUCUGCAUGUUUUAAUGAUGUGGCAUUUUUCUGUACAUUUAAUGUUUGCUUUUCCAGUUAAGUUUGUUUAAUAUAUGCAAUGAUGUGAGGUUUGGACUUCUUGUUUUAUAUGCUGUCAGUUGAGCUUGGUUGAAACACUAAUUUCCCUUUCUAAAGUUUUUGUAUAUCUCACCAAAAUUCUGUCUUUAUGCAUGGUGCAGACUUGACAUUCCUGCAUCUUGGCUUCCAGUUGCAUUGUUUUUCAAUAUUAAAUAGCAAAUAUUUAACUGAAAACCUCUGUUUAAUCUAAGGUGGUAGGGGGGAGGUAAAAGGAUUCUGCAUUGCAUUGUCUGGGAUUUUGCUGUGUAUAUUAGUGUAUGAAUGAUGAGAGCAUUUACAUGCAAUCAUUUGUGGCCUGUUUUAAUAGGAAGCUUUUUAAAAUGAGUGGGUUAAUAACUCCAUAAAAUAGCCCUCCAAAGAAUUGCUUAGCACUCACAUUUGCACAGUUCAUGUGUUUCGAUCCAUAUUAGGAGGAGAACAUGCAGAGGAAAGUCUCAUCUAUCCUGAGCAGUAAACUGAAGACAUUGUGCUGGAGAAUCAUUUAUAUACAAAAGUUUUAUCUAGAAAUUUCAGGAUUGGAGAAUUUUCUCAAAGCCAUGUCUGUAAUUUAGAAUGAAGUCUGAAUCUCUUGGAAUGCGAGUAUGAGCUGUGGUUUAAAUGCAUGAUUAGAUUAAAUUGGAUAAUCGAUUCAUUCCAGUUUUGGCACUUAGUUCCAACUGUUGCAUUGAUUGGAACAUUGGCUGCUCAAUUCAGAAAGGUAGUCAUUUAGUGCUGCUAUCUUGAGGUGUUGCUAAAUGUUAAGGCAAAGGAAAUUUUCCCAGCUCUUCCCUGCUACAGGUGAAUGUGGCUGAAGUGCAGGUGGAACAUUAGAGUAAGCUGAAAUUUCCUGGCACUUACAAAUGCAUCUGUAUGAAGUUUACUUCUGUUUGACUUCUGUAAUCCAUUCUUAUUUUGCUGUCAUUAAUAAAGACUCCUUUUUGUUUUGGACUUUUUUAGUCAGAGCACUGUAGUGCAGUAUAUUGGAUCUGACUAGCAGUGAAUCAAUUUGGAAGUAUUGUGUUUUUUGAUUUGGAGUCUGCAUAAAGUACAAGUCAGUAUGGCAUCUUACACGUAAUAGUUAGCAAACUGUGAUGUCGGCUCAUCAGUUUGUCUCCCACUUGUAGGAUUCUCAUUGACCACGUGUCAAAUCCCACAGUCACCCGUCACAUUCCCAUACAUGUAAUACCUUAUACCAGCAUUGGGAAAGUUGACAGGGAUCCCACACGAAGGCUGGCCUAUCCAUGGGAAAUGCUGCCUUGCUCUUGUUAUCAUUCUUACAGUUGCUGUUGAAGUGUUAAUUGUACAGUGACAAAGGUUGCUGAUAGGGUUAAAUAAAAGUGAGGGUUUAAAAGCAUGUUCUUCUGUUCAUCAAUAUUUAAUUUUGCCUUCUUGUUUACUACUUGUUCAUUAUGGGGAAUACUACAAGCUGCAAUAUUGAGUAGUUGAAAGCACUAUAGAAAGUUGUACACACGUGAUGUUAGCCAAGGAGAGUUGAUCAGUAUCUGAAGAAAAAUAAACUAAACCCCAUUUACAAUUGCAGGAUGUAGUAUGGUUAUUUUAUAAAUUGGCUCACCUAUUGGAACUCGUCUGUGUGCUUUAGAACUGCAAUCCUGCUCGGACAGUAAAUGCCGAAAUCUCCAAACUUCACGCACUCUAGCCUGUUAAAAAUGUACUGUGGUUCGGCAGAUGUGUUUUAAAAGCUUUGAGCAGUUGCUUUUCGCAGAGGUUGAUUGUGAACUGUUUGUUUGUGCGGAGCUGUUUCCCGCACUUCAUGCACAAUUGCCUUCAGCAGCCGGAUUCUUCAGCACUUGUUAUCAGUUGAAUUUAUAUUUCAUCUUGGACUAUGUAAAGACCAAGAUGUGUAGCAGUCUGGUAUGCCAGCAGCCUACUAAAACACUUGUAUUUACUGUGUUUGGCUGUGGUAGUGCCUUGAGUUUAAUUUCCAGAGAAAGAUGGGAGGUGGGUGGGGAGAUGAGGGAUUGGAGUUGGUAUCAGUUUGCAUCGAGGAUAUAUGCUUAGCAUCUAAAGGCGGAGGAAGUGCCUCUAAUUAGACCAGUGUUACCUGAUCAGUCAAUUACUGCCAAUGCUGUACAAACAUCUGUCUGGUGAACUUUGUUCAAGAGAGUCGGUGGAUCAAGUCCAUGCUAAAAACCCGAAAGCACCUUACAUUGUGGGAGUAACAGGAACACACUUGGACCAAAGUAGAAAUUAUUUAUAAGAAAAGUGGCAGGGUCAUAAGUUUACAAUGCUGUUAUUUACAAAAACUUGAGAUUACUGAGAUUCAGUUUUAAAAUAAAAUGGCAUUCCCAUGUUCUUGCUAUUUGAAUUAAGUCAGGGUCAAUGAAACAAAAAGGGAGUUCAAGCAAGAUUUUUGUAUAAGUAGAAGUUUAAAAUCUCUAGACUAGUUCAACCAUGAAAUUUCUGUGAACAUUGAUGUGGAUAUAUUUAAGAAAAUUGAAUGUGAUACUUGUGUUGUGUUCUCUGGAAGCUCUGAUGGAUUGCAAAAAUGCACUGGGCCAUAAGGGUUCUGAAACAUUUGAAGUUUUGCCGUGUAGGCAAAUGCUUGCAGAGCAUAAAAGACUAAAUAUUUUGUCUGUGCAAUACAUAGACUUAACUACAUUUUAUUAAAUUGCAUUUAUUUUUUGUAUGUUAUUGGUAUGGCAGAUUAAAAUAAAGAAUGCUUUAAAUGAG